UAGGAGAAGAUGUCUCAUCAUACGCCGAUAUACCAGAGUGGAGUGAUGGGGCCCCAUCACUCCACGAGAAGGGGAGUCCAGCAAAACCCCCAAGGCAGGUUCCCUCCUGCGGACCCGAAUGCCUUUCACAGGGAAAUCCAACGACUGCGAUCCCUCCUGGAAAUGGAAAGAGCCAGAAGUUUUGAAGGCAACCAGAAACUGGCCCACCUGGAGGCAGAACUGGAAGAGACCAAACUCCAGUUAAAAAGGCAGAAAGCUCUCAAAGAAACUUUUAUUAACAAGAACAAAGAGGUCAAGAGGGAACUUGAGAGAGUAGAGAAGUUCAGUGAUCCAGCGGUCCUUAACGCUGCAGUCAUUGCUUCCAAGGUUCACAACGAUGUGAAAUGCAAGAAGAAGAAGGACUUGCAGCAAGAUUUUGAGGAAUUGAAGGUGGCCCACCUCCUCAGCCAGGAAUCCUUUGUAGCUGAAAUACAGGCUGAGAGAGAAAAAAGCAAGACCCUCCAAGAAGAACUGGACGCAGUGCAGACUUCCUACAAGGAGCUGCGCUCCAGGUACGAAGCCGACGUUUCUAAGGUGAAGCAGGAGGCCGAGACACAAAAACUUUGUGAAGCGAAGCUUAUUGAGGAACGACGGCUUCUGGAGGAUCUGAGAGCCGAGAAGGACCAUAUGUUUCAGGACAUGUCAGAGAAGAUCGCUCUACUGCAAGACAACGAGAAACUGUUGAAGGAAGAAAUGAACCAGGUCAAACUUUCGUACAACAAUCUCAUCUGCCAGUACGAAAGCCAAGUUUCUGGAUUGGAAAGAGACAUGAAAACAUAUCGACAGCAGGUGAAGGACGAGAAAGAGGCCAACUCAAAAAGAGCGAAUGAGAACCUGCAGCUCAUCGACACACUGAGAGCUGAGAAGGAGGAGAUGUUCCAAAAAAUGUCUAGAGAAAUCACAAUAAUGCAAAAGAUGGAGAAGCUGCUGCUAGAUGACCUUGAUCGAGUUCACCUGUCAAAAGAUGAGCUAAAAAGUAAGUAUAAUACAGACGUUAUGGAAUUACAGCAGCAGCUCGACACAUACAAGCAGAAGACAAAGAAGGAGGAAACGGCUCUUGUAAAGAGAGAACAGAACGAGAAGCUGAUCCAUGAGCUACAGCGUAGAUUUUCUGCUGCACUCCACCAGAAAGUAGAAAACCUGGAGCUCCAGCUAAUUCAGGAGAGAGAAGCUCAUGUGAAGAAAUCGGAGGAGGACGUGGCUGAGCUGGAGAAAGUCAAAGCUUUGUACCAACAGCUAACCUGCCGGUAUGAAUCCGAUGUAACCUCUGUGGAACAACAAGUAAAAAAAUAUCAGGAGAUGAGUUUUGUGAACGAGUUGGAAAGAGCAAAACAAGAUCUACUGGUGCAAGACUCUCUGAGAGGUGAGAAGGAAGAUCUCCAAGGGCAGGAGGAAGAAAACACGCAGAGCCCAGUCAGCCUGGUCAAAGCUGUAAGCCAAGAGGUUUCCUCAGAGGAGGAUCUAUCAGGAGAAACCUUAUCAGUCUCUUCCUCAGAUCCGGAAUCUGCGGAAGAGACUGAAAUCGCUGCAGAAACCAUCCUGGAGGAUUUGGUCGAUCCAGGCACUGGAACCAUCCAGGAGGGACAGAAGGUCAGUGACAAACUCCAGCCCAUGACGACCAACCACCCUGCCCUCUUCAGGAAGCCAAGCUUACACAGUACAGCUCUUUCUCUAAUGGGCUGA